AUGGAAGAGAGAAUGUUGCUCACAUUGAUGGUCUUUUCCUCACUCGUAGUUUUAGCAGAAACUAUUGCUCAAAAGCAUGCUAUUGAAAUCUACAGCCUUCACGUGGACUGCAAGGUCACAUCGCGAUUUGCUCACACCAUCAUCACCAGCAAAAUUCUCAACCGAGCUAAUGAGUCCAGAGAGGCGACCUUUGAACACUUUCCUUCUAAUAUUAAUUAAUUUUUAUGGGAACGAAACAGGUCGAUCGACGGUAAAGUAUACCCGGGAAUAAUAAAGGAAAAAGCCUCUGCUCAAAAGGAAUAUGACACUGCGGUCUCACACGGGCAGAGCGCCGGCCUCGUCAAAAUCACAGGCAGAAAACUGGAGCAGUUUCACGUGUCCGUCAGCAUUGCGGCCGCCAGCAAAGUCACUUUUGAGCUGGCGUACGAGGAGCUGUUGAAGCGGCAGCUGGGGAAGUUCGAGCUGCUGAUCAAGGUCCGACCGAAGCAGCUUGUCAAGCACUUCCAGAUUGAUGUGCGCAUCUUCGAGCCCCAAGGCAUACGCUUCUUGGAGACAGACAGCACGUUCAUGACAAAUGAGUUAACCGAGGCGCUCACGAAAGUGCAGAACGAAACCAAGGCUCAUAUUUUAUUUAAGCCAACUGUAGAUCAACAGAAGAUAAAUCCUGAGCUUGAUGAAACCCUCCUCAACGGUGAUUUUGUUGUGCGUUACGACGUCAAGAGAGGUGCCACUGCAGGUGAUAUACAGAUUGUCAAUGGGUAUUUUGUGCAUUACUUUGCACCCCGUGAAAUGCCAGUGUUUCCCAAAAAUGUCAUCUUCGUUAUAGAUCGAAGUGGCUCCAUGGCAGGCCGAAAAAUUGAACAGACGAGGGAUGCCCUGUUGAAGAUUUUGCAAGACCUCCGCCCAGAAGAUCAUUUCAGCUUUAUCACCUUUAACAGCAAAGUGGUGGAGUGGAAGAGCUCUUUGCUGCAAGCCACCGCAGAGAACGUGGCGAGUGCUGCAGGAUUCGUGCAAACUCUUUCUGCUAGUGGAGGCACAGAUAUCAAUCGUGCCCUGCUGACUGCCGUGAGCAUGCUGGAUAAAGCCGAGAGGCUGCCAGGACGGAGCGUCUCCAUGAUGAUUUUGCUGACAGACGGCCAGCCCACUUCUGGUGAGAGUAACGUGGAAGUAAUUCAAGAAAACAUUCAGAAAGCAGUCGAUGGGAAAUAUGCUCUUUUCUGCCUUGGCUUUGGGUUUGAUGUCAGCUAUAAGUUCCUGGAGAAAAUGGCCCUAAGCAAUGGAGGAAUAGCACGUCGUAUAUAUGAAAACGCUGAUGCAGCCUUGCAGCUCCAGGGCUUUUAUCAAGAGGUGGCUACCCCAAUAUUAAUGAAAAUUGAAAUGCAGUAUCCAGAAAAUGCCAUUGAGGGAUUAACCAAGAACAAUUUCAAGCUGUUUUUUGAAGGAUCUGAAAUUAUAGUAUCUGGAAAAAUUAGCAAUGAGCUUGAUCUUUUGCCAGUAGAAAUUAAAGCUCAGACACACGCUAGCGACUUGACUCUUAAAGAAGCAGCAAAUGUCAAAGAGAAGGAGCAAGUAUUCCAAAAUCAAAGUUACAUCUUUGGAAAUUUCAUAGAGAGACUGUGGGCUUACUUAACCAUUCAACAGCUUCUGGAAAAAUCUAUUUCAGCAGAAGAAGAGGACAAGAAAACCCUGGAGGCGCAAGCCUUAGAGCUCUCUCUGCAGUACAACUUCGUUACGCCCCUGACUUCCAUGGUGGUCACCAAACCCACUGGCCAGCAGCAGACGGAGCUGGCGAACAAACCCACCGAAGCUGAUAAUGAGAAGCUCAGCAGUUUUCCAGUAGGAGAUGCUUACAGACUGAGGAGUGGAUCACCUCCUGGUCGAUGGCGCCCUGAGCCCAAAUCUGGCAGCAACAAGAAGCUGUUGUCAUGUUCUUCCUGGUUAAUUAGCCAACUUGGAGAAAAAUGUUUCAUUAAACUCUUCUUACUAAUUUCAAGUAUUUCAGUUGUCAGGCUAAGAGACAAAAUAAGAGCACAACCUCUUGCCAACGAAUAUCCACAGCUUCUCUUGCAAUUACCCAAACAAAAUGAAAUAAUCUGUUUAAAUACUGAUGGAAAAUCACAGCCCUCUCUCCACCUGCUGUCAGAUCCGGAGCAAGGACUCACUGUGACGGGGAAACUUGAGGACAGAAUAAAACACUUUGUGCAGUUUGAAAUUACCUACGUGAAUCCCCCCGUACGAAUCCACGUCUCCACGGAUGAGAUCGUCCUAAGCCACGAUAACGAGAGCACUCGGCUGCCGUGGACGGAGUCAGCCACCUCCACCAUCCAGGGGCUGAGAGUCUCAGUUGAAAAGGAAAGGAGCGUUACGGCAUCAUUGUCUGAUACAGUCACAGUAAAAAUUUCCUUUGUAAAGUUUCCAGAUGAUUUCCUUGGGCUGUAUUUCUUGAACACCAACCAUUUUUCUGACAAAGUCAGUGGAGUUCUGGGUCAAUUUUAUUCAAAAGCACAAUUUGAGAAUAAUUCCAACACCAGUCAGAGAGCUGACGAAAGACUCCUAAGUGUGUCUGGAUCUGAGCACAAAGUUACCAGGCAAUACAAGAAAGAUUACAGGCUUGAGCAGACCAGUGAUCCUGUUCCCUGCUGGUCAAUACAUGUAACUCCCUAGAAAAGAGUAUUCUGGGAAAGAAAACUGCAAAUGAUGCUCUUCCAGAUAUUUUUGAUACUUUCUCUCAUCAAGAAAACCACACAGUUAAAGCCUUACCUGUUACUAUACAUAAAUGUCACUAAUCUUUUAACUCGAAAUAAUUAUACUUUCAAGAUGAGAACGUGCUUGCUCGUUGUUUGGUAUUUUAAAAUGGUUUCUAAUUCUCAGCAUGGUUAUGUUGUUGAAGAUUUAUGUGAAUGAACUAAAUAAAAUUGACAUUAU